AUGCCUCCUAAAAGGGCACCUUGGUGCGAGGAGGAUUUAAUAUCAGCAGUGCGAUCUGUUCAACGCGGUACUCUGAGUACAUAUGAGGCUGCGGCAAGAAAAUCUAAUCUAAGUGAAUACUUUGAAACAAGCAGAAUCCAGUCAAGUUCUCCAGAGGAAAUCAGGGAUCCCUGCGACACUCACAUCCAGAAAUUCCAAAGCACAGUACUUCUAUCUACCACUUAUGUGGACGUUAUCGACGUACGAGGAAACAUUCAAAAGGUUCGCGUACUCCUAGAUUCUGCUAGUCAAGCUAAUUUCAUAACAGAGUCUUGCCUAAAUCGAUUGGGCCUUCCAAAAAAGAAUUACGUUAUCCCUAAUGUGGGAAUUAGUCAAUCAGCGGGCACUACUAGUGGGAUGUCCAGUUGUACAAUUAAACCUGUUGAUGCGUCAUCACCAUUGUUUACCAUUGAGGUUUUUGUUUUGCCAAAGAUUUGCUCAGAUAUACCCUCUUUUAAGAUUAUGUCUCCACAUUGGAACGAUAUUUCAAAUUUGAAGCUUGGUGAUAGAGAUUUUAAUAUUCCUGCUCCAGUCGAUAUGUUACUUGGAGCAGAUCUGUUUUUGCAAGUAUUAAAGUCAGGUCGAAUUCCUGGAGCCAGUGGUAGCCCUACAGCCAUUGAGACUGAAUUUGGAUGGGUAGAAUCCUAUGUUUCUUUAGCGAAACCAUCCCUUAAUCAGACUCUUAAUAAGUUUUGGGAAUUGGAAUCAGUCCCGGUAAAAUUAUAUAGCUCUCCCGAUGAUAAGAGAGCUGAAAAGAUAUACCAAGACACUGUCUCUCGAGACAAGUCAGGUCGUUUUAUUGUAUCUCUUCCUUUUCGCAACUCAGAGCCCGAUCUAGGUGAUACCUAUUCUAUGGCGAAGCGAUGCUUUCAUUCUCUUGAAAAUCGCCUUUUAAGCAACCCUGAUUUGUAUCGUCAAUGUUCGGAUUUUAUGAGACAGUAUUUUGAUAAUGGUCAUAUGAGUUUAGUUUCACAAGACGAAAAAAAACCUAAUUUUGUCGCAUAUCUCCCUCACCAUUGUGUGCUUAAGCCCGAAAAAUCUACUACAAAACUUCGAGUCGUUUUCAAUGCGUCAGCUAAAGGAUCGAAGGGUAUAAGUUUGAAUGAAUGUCUUCUUCCCGGUCCUAAACUUCAACCUGAUAUCACUAGUAUUCUCCUAAAAUUUCGCUUUUAUGCUGUGGUAUUUUCGGCUGAUAUAAAACAAAUGUAUUUACAAAUUCUAUUGACUCCUAAGGAUAGAGAUUUUCAACGGUUGCUUUGGCGUUUUGAUUCCCAAGGCACUCUACAGGAAUAUCGCUUGAACACCGUUACUUUUGGCGUAAGUUCCAGUCCAUUUUUGGCCAUACGUACUGUUCAAGAGCUACCUUGUCAGGAGUCUCAUAGAUAUCCAAAUGCCUGUGAAAUUUUACGCAAACAAAUGUUUAUCGACGACAUCUGUACCGGAGCUUGCUCUAUACAUGAGGCUGUUUCUCUUCAGAAGGAUCUUAUUGGAAUUUUGAAGUUAGGAGGAUUCGAAUUAAGAAAAUGGUCGAGCAAUUGCCCCCCCCUUUUGAAGUCUUUUUCGCAAGAGGAAUGUCAAUUCAAUAUAGAAUGUCAAAUUCCCAUAACCUUUGACAAAGAAAAUUCUUCACCCAUAAAGGUUCUUGGCCUCCAAUGGAACCCUUUAACUCAUACUUUUUCAUAUACAUGUCAACCAUCCGACAAAAGUUGCACCAAAAGACACAUUUUGUCAGAGAUUGCCAGAAUUUUCGACCCCUUGGGUUUUCUUUCUCCGGUUACUUUUUUCGCUAAGUGUUUGAUGCAAACGCUAUGGUUGUCUAAUUCAGGGUGGGAUGAUAUCCCUGAUUCUCGUAUCAUCAAUUCUUGGAUGCGAUUCAAGCUAGAGUUACUUGCUAUAUCAAACAUUGUCUUGCCCAGACAGAUUUUCGCUCAAAAUAGUGUAUGCUGUGAAAUUCAUGGAUUUUCUGAUGCCUCUGAAGCGGGAUAUGCCGCUGCUGUGUAUCUGCGUACCGAGUUAUGUAAUAAUAAAAUUGAAACAUUUCUAAUAACUGGAAAAUCGCGAGUCGCACCUCUUAAAUCACAAAGCCUACUUCGAUUAGAGCUUUUAGGAGCUACUCUUCUAUCAGAUCUUCUCGCUUUCGUAAUAAGAACUUACUCAUCUUUAAUUUCGAUAAAUGCUAUUUUUGCAUGUACCGAUUCUGCCGUAGUCCUCGCCUGGGUUUCGAGUUCUCCUCAUCGUUGA